GUUGAAGUGGAAAGAAAAUUCACAAUCAAUUCAGAAACAGAACCCUUAUUGGUGAAGUUAGGAGCCAAAGCGAAGAGCACAAAAACAUUUACUGAUAUAUAUUUUGAUGAUGAUGAUUAUUCCUUAACUUUAUCUGAUUGUUGGUUGAGAAAAAGAAAUAAUGACUAUCAGAUGAAAAUACCGGUGCCAAAUAGUCCCAUAUUUGAUCAUUCUACUAAAUACCAGGAACUUACCAAUAAUACUGAUAUCCUGCAAUUCUUGAAGAAGAAAUUGGGGGUGUCUUCUAAUCAACUGUCUGGUUUGAUACAAACAGCUAAAGUGAUAGAAUUUGCUAAGAUUACAACAACAAGAAAAACAUAUAGCUUGAAUGGUUGUGAAAUAGAUCUGGACAUGACUGAUCAUGGUUUUCAAGUUGGAGAAAUAGAGGUCAUGGCUGAAUCUCCUUCACAGAUCUCUGAAGCUUUGAGAACAAUAGAAAACAUGAGUGUCAAAUUAGGU